AUGGGAUUUUCACAAUAUUCUGGAUUUGGUUAUUUUUCUCAGAUUCAUGGAAUUUUGAAUGCUGUGAGCUGGGGAAUUCUGUUUCUAGUUGGAGUCAUAUUUGCAAGGUAUACGAGAACUUUCCACUCUGCAAAUCCGGCAUGGUUUUAUCUUCACACUUCCUGCCAAUUAUCUGCAUAUGUUAUUGGGGUGGCUGGCUGGGGAACUGGUCUUAAGCUUGGAAGUGAAUCCAAGGGGUUCCAUUUCACUACUCAUCGUGAUUUGGGAAUUUCCCUCUUCUGUCUUGCAACUGUCCUAAUAUUUGCAUUGUUCCUGAGACCAAAAAAGGAUCACAAGUACCAAUUUUACUGGAACAUCUACCACCACAGUAUUGGAUAUGUUGUGUUAGUUAUUGGCAUCAUAAAUGUGUUCAAGGGUCUAGACAUCUUGGAUCCUGCAAAGAAGUGGAAAUCAGCUUACAUAGUUGUGCUUGCUGUGUUAGAAGCAAUCACUUGGGUGGUUGUUUUGAGGAGGAAAUCUGGGAGGUCGACCAAGCCUUACGAUGGAUCCAACACCAUGUAA